AUGAAUUUCGCAACGGAACAUCAAUAUGGCGUUGACCCGGGUGAAGACACCAAAAAAGUCGAAACACCAGAGAAAUACGACGAUAACAUACACGAAGGAUCCGUCGAGACGCACGACAAUGUCGACGAGCUCAAACGCCAUCUUGGCAAUCGCCAAAUCCAGUUGAUCGCCAUAGGAGGAUCCAUUGGCACCGCAUUAUUUGUGAGUAUCGGGGGCGGAUUGAUGGCAGGUGGGCCCGGCAGCUUAUUCAUCGCGUAUACGCUUUACUCGUGCCUGCUUGGUUUGGUCAACAACUGCAUUGCCGAGAUGGUGAUAUAUAUGCCCGUGUCUGGUUCGUUCGUCCGCAUGGCCGGGAAGUGGGUGGACGAAUCGUUCGGCUUCAUGGCCGGCUGGAACUUCUUCCUUUACGAAGCCUGUCUGAUUCCCUUUGAGAUAUCGGCUUUGAACUUGGUUCUCACUUUUUGGCGGGAUGAUAUUCCGGUUGGGGCUGUAUGCGCGAUCUGUAUCGUGCUUUAUGGGCUCUUCAACGUCGUCGCAGUAAAAUACUACGGCGAAGCCGAAUUCUGGCUCUCGAGCGGCAAGCUCCUCCUCCUCGUCAUGCUCUUCUGUUUCACCUUCGUCACCAUGGUCGGCGGAAACCCGCAACACGACGCCUUCGGCUUCCGGUACUGGUCGAACCCUGGCUCCUUCGCCGAGUACGUCACCACGGGCUCGCUCGGCCGCUUCGAAGGUUUCCUCGGCGCCCUCUUCUCCGCCGCCUUCACCAUCGUCGGCCCGGAAUACCUCGCCAUGGUAGCGGGCGAAACCAUCCGUCCGCGCACGUACCUGAAAAAUGGGUUCAAGACCAUGUACUGGCGCUUCGGCGCCUUCUUCAUCGGCGGGGCGCUGUGUGUCGGCAUCAUCCUGCCGUACAAUGACCCCACGCUGCAGAACGCCGGGACGGGGACUGCGAAUGGGUCUCCGUAUGUCAUUGCGAUGCAGAACAUGGGUAUUUCCGUGUUUCCGCACAUUACGAAUGCGCUCAUGGUGACGAGUAUUUUCUCCGCUGGGAAUGCCUACACGUACUGUGCCAUGCGGUCGCUGUACGGGCUCAGUCUGGAGGGUCAAGCGCCGAAGAUUUUCUCCAAGUGUACGAAGCAGGGCAUUCCGAUAUACGCCUUUGCGAUGGUUAUGUGCUUUCCCUUCCUGUCGUUCCUGCAGGUUUCAAACAACACGGCGCAGGUCGUGACUUGGUUUGCGAACUUGACUGAGGCGGCGCAGCUUAUUGACUACAUCGUUAUGGCAGUCACUUACAUUUGCUUCCACCGUGCUCUCAAGGCUCAGGGCAUCGACCGUGACACGCUGCCAUACAAAGGAUGGUUUCAGCCCUGGUGUGGGUAUAUCGGUGCGGGGGGGAUGACGAUCAUGGUUUGCAUUUACGGAUACACGACAUUCUUACCCGGCUGGUGGGACGUCGGGACCUUUUUCUCGUACUACACCAUGGUAUUUGUGGCUAUUAUCACUUUCACCUUCUGGAAGGUGUUGAAGAAGACGCGCUUCGUCUCGGCGGCCCAGGCGGAUCUGGUCUGGGAUAAACCUAUUAUCGAUGCGUACGAGAACUCCAUCACGGAACCGCCAACCAAGUUCAGGGAGGAGUUGAUGAUUAUGAUUGGUAUGAAGAAGCGCAAAACUCAUUUGGGAGUGGAAUAG